AGCCAUACAUUGUCCCAUCCAGAUUUCGAUUCGCGCUAACGCCGAAGGAGAUCACUGAUCAGAUACAAAGCCAUCAAGAGCGGUGCUCGAUACCAGGUAUGACUUGCAGAUUUUAUAGGCAUCUCGGUUAUGUCUUCGUCUAGCUUAGAUGCUCCGGCUCGUAGGCCUUGCCAAGCACGUGAGGUUUCAGAACUUUUGCUUCGCCUCUUCCUUUCAAAAUCCCAAAGCUCCCACACGACGAAGCUAGUUCUCUUUCUCUCUGGUUGGUCCGUUUAUCACUUUGGAACGGCCGUAUCUGCCGGUGCUGUUUUGGCCCCAAUAUCUAUUGACUCACAGCCUCAUCCUGAAUUACGCCGUACAGUAGCGCCCGACAAUAUGAGUACCUAUAACAGAACAGAGCUACCUCCCCGCGGUACCAAACGCAGUUGCCCCAACAUGCGCACUUGCCGGCCCGGACUAGGAGUAGCCAGCUUCAACCCAUUCGUCUCGAAUCGCGAGGCCAUGCUACGUCGAAUCUGCAUGCUUGGGAUUCUCCUCACCCGCACUGCCAACUCUGUCUUCAUCACUCUUUCUCAUGGAAUGGGUCCCUCAAUCAUCCCAUCAAUCCUUCUGGGCAUCCUGUUCUUCUUCUUCGUAGCCUACUCCCUCCAUCUCAUUGGGGAGAUGACCGGCUCGAGGAAGUCUGCGGCAUCGUCUGGAGCAAGUGGCAUUUCGACGCUUUCCUCGCGAUUACCUUCUUGAUCCACGUGGGGUUCAUUGGCAGAUACUUCGUGGGUAUGCCCGGAACCGUGUUGAGUGCGUUGUGGAUCACGAUGGGAUUGCUGAUCU